CUCCAGUUUGAAUUAUACCCUGGCUGGAGUUGAUAAGAAUCCAGAGCUGUGUGAAACGUAUUAAAUACACAGAGAGCGAUGUGCCCUUAAAUGAAAGCGAACCUGUUCUUCUCAGCCGAGGAAAGAAGAAGUUUUAAGAACUGUCAUUUAAAAGCACGGGUGCUUGGCUGAAACAAUACCUGUGGAGAGGAAAACGCACAAAAAGCGAAGAAUACAUUAAAACAGAAGAAAGGACUCAAAAUGGUUUCUGCUGGUUUGGAGAUCAUUGGAUUGGGACUGUGCGUCAUCGGCUCGCUACUUGUGAUGGUGGCAUGCGGUUUGCCUAUGUGGAAAGUGACGGCAUUCAUCGAGAGCAACAUCGUUGUCGCCCAAACCAGCUGGGAAGGGUUGUGGAUGUCCUGUGUGGUGCAGAGCACGGGCCAGAUGCAGUGCAAGGUGUACGACUCGGUGCUUGCGCUCAGCCAUGACCUACAGACUGCUCGAGCUCUCACCAUCAUAUCCUCGGUACUGGGCGUAUUGGGGCUGAUGGUCACCAUUGCCGGCGCGCAGUGCACCAAUUGUAUCAAAACAGAAACAGUGAAAGCCAGGGUGGUGAACGCAGGCGGCGUGAUCUACAUUAUAAGCGGAAUUUUCGUCCUGGUGCCUUUGUGCUGGAUGGCUAACAGCAUAAUAUCGGACUUCUACAACCCUCAAGUCCCAACGGCUAAGAAACGAGAGAUCGGAGCUGCGCUUUACAUCGGCUGGGCGGCCGCCGCGCUCCUGCUGCUCGGCGGCGCGGUGCUGUGCUGUUCCUGCCCAGCGUCUGGAAACUCCUCUUAUUCGGUCAAAUAUGCGCCCACAAAAAGAGCCACGCCAAACGGGGACUAUGAUAAAAGGAAUUAUGUUUAGCUUUCACAUUGGCACCUGUUUGCUUAGCUAUAAGUGGCUACCCGUCACAACUUUUCAUAAAUUUUGAUUUUUGAACUUUUUGCACCUGUAAUUUGAACUGCUUGGACUGCGUUUUGGGGGAAAACCUUUUUACAGUUCAACCGAGUUAAAAUAUUUAAAUGUAUCAAUAGAUCGUUGUAACCCGCUUAAAGUAGACAUAUUUUGGACUCUCCAAAUCUAUGUCGAGGGAAACAAAAAUUUAAGGCAAUGACAAAGAAACGCAGACGUUUGUAUUUUAGGUACCUGUAUUUCCGAUGCAGAGUUCAAGUCAUACAUUUUAAAUAGAUACUUUCGUUGAAUUUAGAUUAGCGUUUUGAAUUGUUUACCUUUUGUACACACUGUUUUGAAUUUUUUUGUUUUCUGAAGGGGGUGGGGUGACCAAUGAAAGCAUCUAUAUCCGCUUCGAUUUAUGUGUCUGUUUGUGAAUAUUAAAUCUACAAAGUGCAUAUGCUGUACAGCUUCGGUAGGAAAUAGAUUGUCAUUUUCACAAGAAAUGUGCUUGUUAGAGUGUUGCCAUCCUAACCGCUGGUUACCAUAGAGGCCUCUUUUAGUACCAAUGAAUUUCUGUUCGUUGAUUUUCCUCCCCACAUUACUACAGAACACAGAAGAAUAGUGAGUAUUCAAUAGGGUGGCGAUAUAGAGACAGUAACAUAUGAAUUUGCAAUACAAUAUAAACCUCAGGUAUGUUUUGAUAAUGGGGAAUACGUGAGUAUUUUGUGUCUUUUACAAGAAAAUAGCAAACCUAUGCAGAUUGUAGGAUUGAAACACAAAACGUACCCAAGUGUGUAAAUGUGGACAAAAACCGAGAUUCUGUGCAAACGUUAAUAAUACACACUUCAACUUGUAGCCCGUUAGCUUAGGUUUUUUAAUGAAACUUCACAAACUGUAUUCUUUCUCCUCUGAAGACAUUUAUUUUUGUAUCUCACAGAAUGUAUGCUGUACUUUGGACUCAUCUGGCUGUAACGUUUUUUAUGGAACUCUAGAAAUAAACAUAUAAUGUAAUUA